AGUUCACCGCCUGGCAUGGAGGCUCCGAGCGUCCUGCUGGUGAGCUGCUGCCCGAGCUUCGUGGAGGAGAGGCUGGUGAGAGGUGAGCGAGCGUCGAGCUGGGCUGGGCUGCGAGUUUAUCCCCCGCCAAACCCGGGGGGCGGCACGGUAACAUGGUUAGCACAAUGCUUUACAGAACCAACAACCUGGGUUCAACUCCCACUGCUGUCAGUAAGGAAUCUGUACGUACUCUCCAUGACAGCAUGGUUUUCCAUCGGGUGCUCCGGUUUCCUCCCACAGUCCAAAGACGUACAAGUUGACAUUAUUGGAGCCGAUGACAUUCCAGAGUACACUGGCCCCAGGAAUGUAGUCCGAUGCUACCCAUGGACCAUAGAUAACAAGUAUUACACUGCGACUGUUCAGCUGUGUGUGGUGUCUGACAAAUUCAAAGUGACAAAGGAGAUUGCUGACUUGGUGGAGGCCUUUGUGAUUUACUUUGACAGCACAACGAGUUCUGGUCUUGAUGAAGUAUCUACUUGGCUUCCUCUAACUCAGGAAUGGUCGCCUGAAGUUUUGAUUCUGGUGUGUGACAGGGUUUCAGACAAUGGGGUAAGCAGACAAGCGGCACAGCAAUGGUGUAUUCAACAUGGUUUUGAAUUGGUGGAGCUCAAUCCAGAAGAAUUGCCAGAUGAAGAAGAUGACUUCCCUGAAUCCACUGGUGUAACGAGAAUUAUUCAAGCCUUGAAUGCAAAUGUAUGGUCAAAUGUUGAGAUGAAAACAGAUAGGCCUCAGGAUUUUGGAAUUCUCAGCAGUCUAACUGGUGUGCUUGAAAACAGUGGAACGGAAGCAGAAACACAAGAAUACCACAGACUUACAGAACCUGAUGAUGAAUCACUUACAGAGGACACCAACAGGACGUCUCCACCGACCGACAGUGUUAUAGCAGAUCCAACAUUACACUUGGAUAUCCAAGAGCUUGCCACUCUUACUACAGGCGAAGUUGAUUGUGAAAAUUUUGAGCGUUUAUUUGAAAAGCUUAAGCAAAUGAAAGACAAAGCAGCAGCAUUACCUCAUGAACAAAGAAAACUUCAUGCAGAAAAAGUUGCUAAAGCUUUUUGGAUGGCCAUUGGUGGAGACAGAGAAGAGAUUGAGGAGCUGUCUGAUGAAGAGAAUAAUUAAAAGCUGGACCAUUUUGUGGCUUUCCAGGUGAAAGAUGGUGGUGUGUUGGGCCAAGGUGCUGCUCGAGCCUCUUAUUAGACAUUUCACUCACAAUGCUGUUAGGCCAAGACUUCUCAUGUAACUUCAGUGCCAGCACUGUGACUCAGUGUUUUUAAUUGUGUAUAAGAUAUGGAUCUUCAUUUGUGUUCCCUCCCCCCCCAUCUCAGUCAUACUUAUUCAAGGAAAGAUAUGACUGAAGUAGUCCUGUGGGAAGAAACACUGUUUACCCCCACCCACUCUUUUCUAAGGUACACAUUCUUUUAAUAUUCUACAUUAGCUUUAUGAAAUUGUACUCUGGGUAGAUAGAAUUGGAAGUGUUUCUUAUGUCCAAAAAACUGCUCUGGUAAAUCAACCUGGCUCUUCUAAUUCAGUUUCCGCUGGGCAGAUAACCACAGCACAGACCUUCCCUUAACUGCGUGGCAUGCAGUCAGUUUUCAUUUAAAGUUGAUAAGAUGGUGGUGGAAUUGAGGAUGAUGCCUUGUUAAAUGUGCGCUUGAGUUUGCUGCUACCAUAUUUAUUUGGGAGUCUUACCUAUAACCAUGCUACUGGUGAUAUGAGAAUACUUAUUAUUGAUGCCAGCUGUUUAAACUGGAGAUCUUCCAUUCCCCUCAGAGCUAACAACUCUCACCAUGAUGGAAAAAAAAUUCAUCUCCCCAAAUGACAUAAGUUAAUGUUCUAUUAGAAUUAAAUAAGCAUUUAAACAAAAUGUCAAUUGAUCAAUAAUUCUAAACUUUGUCUGAUAUGGGAAAUAAAUAAACUCUGCAUGUGAUCCUCUUUGAGAAUGUUUUUCUAUAUGCACUCUGGGUAAGGACAAAAUUGAAUCAUCGUCCCUUCUUUGCAAAUGCUCAAGUAGUGAUCAUCGAGGCUCAUAAUACAAAUUGUUUCGGGUGCUUGUUGUUCCAUUAGUAAAUGGUCUACUUCACUGCCAUUCACUUCACAAUUCAAUAACUUGUUUCUACUGAACCUUUCUUCAGCUCAACCCAUUUAACCCCUAACAGCUGUACAUGCUGUAAUCCUUAAUCUGUAAUCUAUGUAAAUCCUCGAGCAAAUACAAUAUCUUGGGCAUUUGGGGAUCCUUGAGUAAAGUUCCACCAAUAGAAGAAUUUGCCUCAUAACUUGGCCUUGUGUGUAUUUUACAUGAAUCAUGCUUCAAGAUGUAAAUGCCUAAAUGUAUUUCUGGACAGAGAGUAUGGAGAGAUGCCUUGAGAUGAUAGAUAGAUUAAUACCUACUGUUCGUUAUGCCGCUGGCCUUCAGGGUAGCACUGAAGGUCCUCCAUCUCUGGUGGUGUUCAAGGCUUCCUUCACCAUGUUAGUGGCUUGGUUUUCACUGCUCAGUCAUGCAGGUUCCAGCUGGAGACUCAGGAAUACUGUCACACUCAGAUGUAAGAUUCUUCAUUGCUGUUUCCAUAACAAAUUUGUUUACCAGUCAAGGUGGUUAGCCUUGAGCUGAACCCCUGAACUUUGAGGACCAAUCUUGCUCUGGUCUUACCCAGGUCAUUGAGGUAUGCAAGCCUCCAAUCCCUCUCUUGGAGGAGAUGAUCAACAAUGCAAAAAUAUUAUUGUUCCUGAUUACUUUUCCUGUAGGGAAGAAUUGGGGGAGAACUUUAUUACAAUUAUUAACCUAAAUUUGAUACCACAUUUUUGCAAUUUCUGUAAAAAUGGGCCUUUCUUUUGUUUACUGAAGGCAGUGGAUUAUAAACCUGCAACACAUUUAUUUUAACCAAGUAUGGUCUCCAAAGUUCUGUCUCUGCAUGAUGGGUUGUUGAAUAGAGACAUAGAAAACCUACAGCACAAUAUGGGCACUUUGGCCCACAAUGCUGUACCGAAAAUGUAUGUACUUUAGAAAUUACCUGAGGUUAUCCAUAGCCCUCUAUUUUUCUAAACUCCAUGUACCUAUCCAGGAGUCUCUUAAAAGACCCUAUUGUAUCUGCCUCCACCACCAUUGCCGGCAGCCCAUUCCACGCACUCACCACUCUCUACGUAAAAAAACUUAUUCCUGACAUCUAUGUACCUUCUGCCACGCACCUUAAAACUGUGCCGUCUCCUGAGUGUGACAGUUCCUAAUGCUCAAUGGCAUUCUUAUUUUGUUUGGAGGAGAGUAUAUUGUAAAGAAGAAUGCAGAAAAUUGGAUAACCUCCUGAAUGCACUUUGUGAAGAAGGCAAAUGCAAUGUUAGCAUUUGUUUCAAGAGGACUAGAAUAUAAAAGCAAGGAUGUAAUGCUGAGGCUUUCUAAGUCUCUGGUGAGGCCUCAUUUGGAACAUUGAGAGCAGUUUUGGGCCCCUUAAGAAAGUAUGUGCUGAGAGGAGGUUCACAUGAUUGAUAGGUGUAUCGUAUGACUGACUGAUGGCUCUGGGCUUUUACUCACUGGAAUUUAGAAGAUUGAAGGGGGAUCUCUUUGAAAUCUACCAAAUGUUGAAAGGCCUAGAUAAAGUGAUGUGGAAAGGAUGUUUGUUAUGGUGGGGAAGUCUCAGACCAGAGGGCCCAGUCUUAGACUGAGGGUCGUCCAUAUAGGACGGAGCUGAAGAGGAAUAUCUUUAGCCAGAGGGUAAUGAAUCUGUGGAAUUCAUUGCCACAUAUGGCUGUGGAGGCUAGGUCACUGGGUGUAUAUAAGGCAGAGGUUGGUUGGGUCUUGAUUAGUCAGGGCAUGAAAGAUAACUGGGAGGAGACAGGAGAAUAGGGUUGAGAGGGAAAAAUGGAUCAGCCAUGAUGAAAUGACAUUAGAUGCAAUGGGCCAAAUGGCCUAAUUCUGCUCCUAUGUCUUGUGCUCAUUUGGAUGUGAGGAAAAGAGAGAGUGAAUGAGUAACCACUUCUUAACACAAUUAAGGCCGUGACUGCCUUGACGUGAUAAAUAAUCAGAAUCAGGUUUAAUAUCACUGGCAAAUGUCGUGAAAUUUGUUAACUUUAUGGCAGUACAAUGAAAUACAUGAUAAAUAUAGAAAAAAACUGAGUUACAUUAUGUGUGUGUGUGAUUAAAUCGUUUAGUUAAAAGAUGCAAAACAAAAAACAAAUGGAAAAGGUAGUGAGGUAGUGUUGUUCAUGCCCAUUUAGAAAUCGGAUGGCAGAGGGGAAGCAGCUGUUCCUGAAUCACUGAGUGUGUGCGUUCAGACUUCUGUACCUCCUUCCCGAUGGGAACAAUGAGAAGAGGGCAUGUCCUGUGUAGUGGAGGUCCUUAAUAAUGGAUGCUGGAGGAUGUUGUAAAUACUGUGGAGGCUAGUACCUAUUCCUCAGUCACCGGGCUCAGUUUUCACUGUUUAAAAUAGCAUGUAAUUUCUGUAAGGCAUCGUGUAGGGAAUACUGCUUAGAGAGUAACUCACCGAUAAAUUUCAGAGUCAGAACUGUGUAGGUAUUCCCCCGCCUUUUGAAGGCAGUGAUUAUAGUAAGUCACAGAAACAAUUACCAUUGGUAUGAUAAAAUGAACUUUAAUAACAUUUGAAACAUUUACAUAAGAACUUUUGGCCAUUUCCAAACACUUCAAAGUAGGAAAAACAACACUAAAGUACAAGAAAGCACCUUUUCUUAAUUAAAAUGUUAGUUAUACAGCAUUGUCUGCUGGAACUAAAUCGAUUAAUGCUCCUUAGAGAGAAACCAGAUACCUCUACAGAACUUGGUAAAAUGUUGAUGCAGGUUACAGGGUAGUCAAUCCAAAUGGCAUCUGUGUCCCAGUAAACAAUACUGUAGACAGGUGUCCAACUAGAGCAGGGAGCUCCCAACCUUUUUAUGCCAUGGAGCCUUACCAUUAAUCGAGGGGGUCCAUGGACCCCAGGUUGGAAUCCCUGAACUAGAGUAAUACACUAGUCCUGAUGAAGGGUCUUGGGCUGAAAUGUUGACUCUAUUUCUUUCCCUAGAUGCUGCCUGACCUGCUGCGUUCCUCCAGCAUUUUGUGUGUGUUACUCUAGAUUUCCAGUGUCUCUCGUGUUUAUGGGUAUUCAACUAGCUUUAGUUUUACAGGCCAAUCAUUAGUGAAAGAAUCUUUUCAGAUCUAUUACAUUUAAUUAAAUAAGGGGAAAAAAAACAUAACCAGGGCACAGCUUUAUUUUGACUAUUCCACAGUUGUAGGCAUCACAGAUGCUGUUGUGGAGAGGUACUUAAUGCAAUAAUGCACUGCACUGCAUGCUUGGGAAGGCUGCCAUCUUUCUGACAAGAUCAAAAGUAGGCCUACUUAACUGUUUAAACACUAACUACAAAAUCUUCAAAGCUUUGCUUUAAUGUAUUGGCACAGAAUUACUCCCUUUUAUUAAUUCUUCUGAACUAGUAAAGCACAUGGUUAAAUUGUCUUCCAUGGACCUUGGGUGAAAUCAUUUUUCUGAUGUUAUGACAAAUGUUACGAGAAGGAGAAUUCUCAUCCCAAUCUCAUCACAUUGCCUCUGGACUUUGAACAAGAACGGCAGCAUACCUUAAAUCUGCCCUAGGGCAAGACAACACUUCUAAUGGUGUAUGCCUUGGUGUACUGCCCUGCUAAUUUAGUAACUCAGCCUGUUGCAAGGUGCAUGAUUAAGCAGCUGGAGUGGGGCUAGAUAACCUGCAGUUCAAAUUAGAAAUCUGCAAUGUACAAAAGUACUGCAGCAUGCUAGUCUCUUGCUCAAGCUAAAGAUUUAUAGACUGUAAAAUUUCAAAAUGUAAUAUUUUAAUUGUCUCAACUAAUUCUAUAAUUUUUCUCCUCAUUCUUGAUUGGAGGACAAGUACAAAAGAGCUUCUGUACAAAAGUACAAAUUUUUUCAUGGUUUCUCAAUUCUGUCUAUGUAAGGCAGAACUACUUGCUGACCCUGAGUACAGGACAGGGACUGGGUGGGUGGUAACUGAAUGUACGUAGUGGCCAUAAUUACUUUUUUUAAAAUAGACUUUUGCAUCAACCUGGGCAUUUAUCUCUGUCUUGUCAGUGUGACUCAUAAGAAACCAAUGGCAAAGGGGAACUUUAAGAACCAAACAAUAGGGCUGACCUGCCUGAAUGCACUGGAAAUAUCCAUAAUGGCAAUCCCUGUGGCACAAUAUUCCAUGCAAACUCAUGCAGCCUGUUUGGUAUCUUUCUGGAAAAACAGCAGGACAGCGCUAACUUCUAUCUUUCCCUGCUCUCAGGCCAGGAAACAGAGCCACUGGUUCCCAGAGCAGCUAAGCAAAAUGAGUUCAUUAAAAUGGGAGAAAUCAGCUGUCACAUGGAAUGCAAUUAAAUUCAAGAAAAGCCUUUGGUUUUAAAGUGUUUGUGCGUGUAUAAAAAAAAUAACUACCUGUUUUAAUUUUUGACACGCUGGCUGAUUGCAAAUGCCAGUCACUUAUUUUUUUAAUUUUGAAGAGAUUUGACAGCUGAAGGCAAGGGCCUUAAUGCAGUUGAUGCUAUUUGUACCUCCUUGCACUGCGAGAAGGCUGGGAAUGCACCUCCCCGUGGAAGACUGCAGCCUGGAGUGUUAUGGAAGAAACAGCCUGCUCUGAGGUGAAUGACUGGAAGAUCUGCCCUGAAUCUAUGGUGCUCUGUUGAUUAAAUCUGUAUUGAAACCAAUGCUGCAAAAUUACCGCAAGAAAAACAGUAAGUUGAAGUCUUCUGAACUGCAAUAAUAACCUGCUAAGGAAAUAGUUAAAGUGACACUGACUUUCCUCCCAGACAUAGUACUGUAGUCCACAGCCACCAGGACAAUCCUCACUGAGUUAACUAUCCCACGGGCGGAAAGAGUGGAGGCUGUCCAAGAGCAGAAGAGUCUGAAGUACUCAGACCUGGCAGCUGAGUGUAAGGAAGCUGGCUAGAGGAACAUCAUUUACCCUGUGGGGGUAGGAUGCCAGGACUUCGUCGGCACAUUGAUGACAAAGUUACUCCAUGAUAUGGCAGUGACUGGAGCGAGGCUCAGGAGGGCCACCAGAGAGAUGGCUGAAGAGGCAGAAAAGGGCUGUAGCUGAGGAGGACGGACAGAAAUUGGGUGACCGACUAACUCCAUUUUAAGAUGCAUGGGGUGGUAGCGAGAUGACCCUGGCGCUGCUCUGCCACCAGGAGAUGUAUCAGGGCUAAGGGGCUGAAACAUCAAAGAGCGACCCAAGGGUACUGUGGGAGGUGUAGCAGGCAGCAAUGUCAAACAGGAAACAGCAUCUUCCUGUAAAUCUCACUGCCUUAAAUGAUGUGUGGAUCUGUCAGGAAAUGUUUACCUUUCACACCUCUGAUCCCAAACAUAAACCUAUCUAUUCAAAUGACCUAGAAAGUCACAUAGUUAAAUAUGAGCUUUGCUGGUGCUUUCCACAUGCUACAAAUGAACAUUAAUAUAAAUGAUGCCAAUUAAUUGUACAUCAGAAUGGGGGUGAAAGUUAGGACAUGAUGAUAGGAGUGGGAUGCUCCCUAGACUAGAUCUUUGUUCCUGGCUUCAGGUAAGCAAGAUACCUUCCAUUCCAUGGAGCUCCUGUAGUAUGAGCCUCCCCAAGGCAGGCAUAUAACAAUUCUCCUUCAACAAUCAUGUCUUGUGUGUAACUCUGUAUCUGGAUUUUCAAACAAUGUAGCACAGAAACAGGCCCUUCAGCCCAACUCACUCAUGCCGUCUAAGAUGCCCACACAAAAUACUAUUUGCCCAUUACCUCUCCAACUGUGAUGCAAGUAUCCAGCUACAGUUAUGAUUAUUGCACUGUAUAGGGCAUGUAUUGCAAAUCUGCAUUAUGGAUUUGAGAUUUUUAAAACAAUCAAAAGCUAGAAAUAAGAUUGACAAAAUUUACCAUUUAGCUCAAUAAGGAACAAGACAUGACAUCUUGGUUAAUGUGCUUUCCAAAAUAUUGUUUUAUAUUCAAGGAAAUCCUGAGCAGAUCAUUCUAAUAUUGUUCCUGUGUGUAACUUUAAAAUAAAGCAUUAAUGGUGUAAAGGAGUGCAGUUUUUAAAAGUAUACACUAAGGUCAGUUAUUACAAUCUUCUAUCUGAAAUCUAAUUUAGUCAUGCUUGAAAUAUUCCCCCAUAAGUGUUACCAGCUGCCAGAGGAAACCACACGGAAAUAUCUGUGACAGGGAUUGAGUAAGUUUGUGCUGAGGUGUGGAAUUGAGGCCAGCUGUUUGUCCCUAUGGAGAUGGCAAGAAAAAUGGUCGGGACAGCUUCCCAAAGGCACCCCCAUGCAUCACUACGGCUGCUUUAAGUACAGCAAAUAGCGGCAGCCCUCUGCUCAGCCUCAUCGCUUGCCUGAAUAAGGGAGAACUGUGCACUUCUUGUCUAUCAGAUGAUCAGGGACUGGUCUUCCUCAAAAGUUUGCUUUACUACUGCAAGUCUGACACAUUGCUGCUGUUUUGCUCAAUGGCACUCUUUUGAGAUGAAUCCUCAAAUGAAAGGCAAGUUUAGCCUCCAUACUUCUGUCUCUCAGAUAUGUGUCUGGCCAUUUGCUAAAAUGCACUUGGGAGAAAUUCCUCAAGAAUCUAAUGUGGCAACGACCAGUCAGUUUGCUCUUGGUUGGUUGUGAUCUCAACAGUUAGUCAUCUCACCCAAAAGACAGCAUCCUAGGGGCAUUUGCCUAUAGCAACAAUGUAAGUAUUAGCUCUGCUGGUAAUUAAAAAUGUUACACAGAAAAUUUCCGUCAAAGUCUUCCAGGUAGGUAACCUGAUGAUAUUUUGUAACUCUGUGACUUGAAAUUAGCAUACAUUAACCUGCGAUUUGUUGUCCGUUGUUACUUUCCAGUCCAAAAAAACCACUGAAUUUUAAGAUUCCCUAGAGUUAAAACUCCUCCCUAGAGGAGACAGCACUUUACACAUUUCCACUGUGGUGUAAUAACCAAUGGAAUGACAUAGAGAUCUGUCAAUCAAAAAUAACUAGCACCAAAAAUUUUGGAAAUUAGAUGAAUGCAAAAAUGCCCCAACCUAGUAGGGCACCCUCCCUUUAAAACAGAGGUAAGUAAGUCCAUAUGCAAAUGUACACUGAGCACGUCACAAAAGGCAAAGAUGAGCACUGUGCAGAUGAACAAAAUAAAAAGGGGCUUAUAGGGAGAGUUGGAAAAGAAUUAAAUGAAUUAGUUUAAGUAAAAUAGGUUGGAGAGUGGAAAAUGACAAGAAUAUCGUGUGAGACAAACUGUUAGAACCAUCACUAACUUCAUCCUUGGGGCUAAAGUUAGGCAAAUAUCAUUAGCAUUUCUCGUGUGAAUUGAAACUUACUGAUCCCUACCCAACACACAAAAACAUGGCUUGUGAUAAUAAAAUCUUUCCCAUAUGUUCAAGCAUUUCACACACACAAAGUGACACUUAGGUGAGAUACUGCACCCUGAGUGUGUAUGGGGUUGGGGGGGGGGUCAUUAACUGAUAAGAAUCAUAUUGCCAAACAGUUCCAACCUCUGGUCACUUUCCCCUUGACAUUAUCGUAUCCUAGUGUACAGUUUGACAUUUCUAUAAAUGUAAUGCAAAUUUUUAAAAACUGUAUCUAUAGAAAUUGGUUAACUAAGUGCCUAAACAUUUUACGUACAUUGGCUGCAUUGAAAUUAAUAUUCAACAUCAAUUGUAACCUAUACUUUCCCAAGAUCUCACAGCUGCCACCCCUUCUUUCUUCCAUUAGGUUUCUGAGACCCAAGGUUGAGUUCUCUCAAUUUGAUUUUUGACUCUGUAAAUUGUACCAGUGAAAUCCUCCAAGCCUAUCCAUUAUUCUAAGUUUAAUUAAUCAUUAUACUGUUAUUUGUUUGUGCAUCAAUAAUUCCAGUUAGGUGAAAAGAUCCAGAACAUAAAAAGGAAAAAAAAAUACUGGAAAUGUUCAUCUGGGGUCAGUCACAUGUCUAAAUUGAGCCAAUAGAAUUCACUUUUUCUCAUUCCAUUAUAAAUUCCUUUACCGAUACAAGUAUUAAAUGUGCUGACUAGUUCAAACCUUUCAAUAAGUGCUUACCUUGUACUUAGUGAUUUACAGAGCUCUGCAGAGUCCAGGCUUAAAGCAGUUUUAAUUAACUAUUUCAUUUCUUGUUCAAUUAUUAUUACCUUAUAAUGAAAUUCUGGUUGCAACAGUUAACAGCAGAGGCAAUUAUGAAAUGGAGAGUGGCUGUUAUAGCUGUCUGCUUUGAAUUGAGAUACAGCUAGCAUGCCCUUUACAAACAAGGAAAUCGUUCUAAGAAAGGAAAAGACAAACUGCCCAAGUCUGGUUCUGAUGCAGAAUAUUUGUCCCGAAUGGUAACCCGUCUUUAGUUUCAGACGUAAACAACAGGAAUUCUGCAGAUGCUGGAAAUUCAAGCAACAUACAUCAAAGUUGCUGGUGAACGCAGCAGGCCAGGCAGCAUCUAUAGGAAGAGGUGCAGUCGACGUUUCAGGCCG